GUAGAUGAAAGAGAAAGAGAAAGAGGAAAGAGGGCGCCACGAUCGGCCUAGUCGUUUGGGGGCACCGUAGGUAGGGAUGGGAGAGAGAGGCGAGGGGCGGUCCGUAAGGAGAGCUUGUCCAACCGCGUGAAGGAACUAGUAGCGCUCCUCCGGCGAUAUGAGGCGGCGUGGGGCUAGGGACGAUGCUGGGGCCUCGACUAGGGCACACUUGGGAGGCAGGGAGGGCAUGCGAACAGAACACAGUUCAGUAGUCGCCAUUGCAAGACCCCUUGUGCUCUCGUAUUCGCGACACUCGUACGCGUGGAGCAGAUUUUCCGCUAACCUAAACUAACCCGCGAGGGCCCAAAGUGUGCCCCACCGAUGCAGAGAUAUUGCACGGAACUCACCGAAAGAUUGUUAAAAUCUCUUGACAAGGAAUACAAUGUUGUUGACAUGGGAGCUGUUGUUGAAGUCAUUACGGCCCUGGAAAAGACGCCGAUCACCAAAGAAGUACUGGAGAUUACAAGGCUUGGUAAAUACAUUAAUGAGCUGCGAAGAAAGACCAGCAAUGAUGUCUUGGCCAAGCGUGCUAAAGAUUUGGUACGUCGAUGGAGGGAUAUGGUUUUACCGUCGCCUCAUUCUACGCCACAACCAACACCUGCCGAUACAGCACCACCUGCCCUAAAUGGAGCUAAGCCUCAUAGUCCAGCCUUAAGAUGUUUCAAACCGCAAAGUCCUGCUGUAAGAUCCUUAAAGCCGCAAAGUCCUCUCUUAAGGGAUGUCACUCCUUUAAAAGUCAUCAGCCCAGUUCUAUCCGUGCAUAGUGAUCAUUCACGGUCUCCUAAUACAUCUUCAAACAAGCAGUCAAUUACACUUACUAGCAACCACCGGAUAACUUCGGAUGUACCUCACACUCAUGGCUCUUCGAGUCAGAACCAUUUGAUGGAAGCAGUGCCACGGACUCACAGUUCCAAUAAACGACUUCGAAAAGAUGGUUGUAAGGAUCAACGUAAUUAUCAAGAUCGCGAAUCAAACUCGAUUGCAGAAUGUGAACCAUUAGUCAAAAGACAGCGUUUGAACGGCGAAAACAUAAGUGGUAAUUUAAAUUCGCAAGUGCCUAGCCCCACAUUGAAAGAACGAAUUUCCCAUCAUUUUGUGGAAUCUCCCACUGAUCCUGACGAUUCAGGCCCGAAAAAACGUGGAAGGAAAAAAGGCAGUAAGUCUGUAAAGAAGCAGCCAUACGUAGAGGACCGUGUUAAGGAAAAAUUAGCCAGUAUUUCGAGAAAUCCUAAGUUAAAAACGACGCAAGAAUUGCUGGCUGAUUUACAAGCGCGCGGCUCAAAUUCUAGCAUUAAUUCAAAUGCUCUACCUAGUCAAAGUGUAGAACCACCAAGUAUGGAAGAUGUUUUGAGGAGUAAUAAUGAACAAGUAUCCAAGUUCCUGCGUAGUACUCCUAACAAUACAUCUCAUAAAAGUACAGUUUCUGAAACUCCUUUACAAAGUCGGUUACAAUCUACAGAAAACUGUCGUGAAUUAUCAUCCAAGUGUCAAGAAACAAGUGCAGUGUACGAUGAAAAUUCAAGUACGCAAAACCAACAACCACGAUCACAAAAAGAUUUAUCGGUCGAGGAGAUAUUGGCUAAGUUACCACCAUUAGAUCUAAGUUCGAUAAACUGGAGUGAUUGUGAAAAUGAACCCGAUGAAGAUCAAAAUAGUACAGUGUAUCCACCUCAAGAAAUAUCUGAAGAGGACCUUGACAAAUUACAUAAUCAGCAAAUAGAAGGACUGAAUGGAAACUUCCAACCAAAAUUAUCAUCUCUCACUAAUAACAAUAAAAUGUCAGAUACAGAUAGAGAAGUGUCAGAUUCAAAUAUAUUAAACAGUGAGCAAAACCAAUCUGGUGAGGAAUUUCAAGAAUGGCACCAGAUGGUGGCUAGGCCCAGUUAUGAUGGCCAAAUCCUCCACAUAUUGCCUUAUGUUAUUAUUGAUUAGUAAUUUUAUUAUUCUAUUCUAUUAUUAAUCUGCAAUUUGUGAGAAGAACCCUGCUAAAAAUUUCAAUUGAUUAAUCGAUCUACUAUCAAUUUAUUAAAACAAUUUUUAUUGUAAUCUACAAUUGCCGUUUAUUUCUAUUAAUGCUGCUGUUACUGCCAUCUUCAUUGUCAUUGUUAUUCUUAUCAUCAUACUCUUAUCAAAAUUUUAUCUAACAAUUUCACUAAAACAAUGUAACUACUGACUAUUGCCCUCGUUAUUGUCAUUAUCAUAUUUAGUAUUUCCAAAAAUUUCACACUAUCACCAUUAUUGUUAUUAAAUUCAUUUCACGACUAGUAUCAUCAUCAUUGUUGUAAUU